UUGAAAAGUAUUUGUGAACUUUUCAGGAUAUGGUAUUAGCUCUUGUAGAUGUCCACCUGACAACGUCUUCUAUUCGUACAUAUGUUGCAAUGAGACAUAUAUGGAAUGUUGUAUUAAAUUCGAACUUUGGUUCAUAAUACUUUUGAUGGUAACGAUUAUUUCGCUCGUUCUUUGUUGCUUAUGCUGUCUUUUUGGAGGUAUUUUAUUCACAAGACGUAAUAUGCAGAACUGA